CGUCGAUUGUCAUGCAACAUCUCCGUUCUGCUGUUGUUCGUGCCGCGUGCACUCAACUCCGCCGCCCCGUCGCAGCGACGGCUGUCCGCGCGUUUCCCCAAGCCUCGCAAACCUUGGUGCAACCUGCCAUGAACGUGCGCUUCGCGUCGUCUCGCCGUGCCCCUGUGGUGAGCAACGGUGACGAUGAGGAAGACGACGACUUUGACUACAACGACUACUUUGGCGACGACGAAGACGAGGACAAGGUCAAGUACCCUGCCCCCAAGGCGUUCAUUGGCAAGCCCGCUCCUGCCUUCACGGCCCCUGCCGUUGUCCGCGGUGACAUUAGCGAAAUCUCGCUCUCUGACUACCUCGGCAAGUACGUCGUGUUGUUCUUCUACCCCAAGGACUUCACCUACGUGUGCCCGACGGAAAUCAUUGCGUUCAACGACCGCGCCAAGGAAUUCGAAGAAUUGGGCGCUCAAUUGAUCGCGGCGUCCACGGACACCCCGGAAGUCCACUUGGCGUGGACCCGCACUCCCCGCAACGUGGGUGGUUUGGGCAAGAUGAAGAUCCCCAUCGUGGCCGACGUGACCAAGGUGAUCUCUGCCAAGUAUGGCACGUUGGGCGAAGCCAACGGCUUCCCCUACCGCGGCUUGUUUGUCAUCGACGGUGAAGGUAUCUUGCAAAGCUACACGAUCAACAACAACCCCGUUGGCCGCAGCGUCGACGAAGCGUUGCGCUUGGUCAAGGCGUUCAAAUUCGUGGAAGAACACGGCGAAGUGUGCCCUGCCAACUGGCAGCCCGGUGAGGCCACGAUCGUCACCAACCCCAAGGACUCGCAAGAGUACUUCAAGAACGUCAAGUAAACAAACUUACCGUUGUUUGCAUCACGUUUGAGUUAUCUAAAUGACAAUCGGGUGCUUUACGUUGAA